ACGUCGGGGGCGGGGCCUAGAGGGAAGAGUAAGGCUCUCAGCCCAGGACUGCAGGGCCGUUGUUCAGUUGGGGGCGGAGCUAAGGGCUACUGGAGACCCAGUAGAUGAAGGCAAGGCUCGGUAGGGGGCAGGGUUUAGAGGCGCUGAGGGAGUGUCCUAACAGGAAUGUGGUGCAACUGUGAGGGCCGGGUUAGGGUUGUGGAAGUGACUGGGAGGGGCAAGUCGGGCGGAGCGGGUGGGCGGAGGUUAUCCGGGGUCGGACUGAGGAAGGCCGACCUAGGCCUAGGGACGGGCGGUGGCGGCAGGGGGGUCAGGCUUGUAACAUUUGGAUUCACGCCGUGCUGUCGCCAUGACAGAGCAGACCUACUGUGACCGGCUGGUCCAGGACACACCUUUCCUGAUGGGCCACGGGCGCCUGAGUGAGCAGCAGGUGGACAAGAUCAUCCUCCAGCUGAACCGCUAUUACCCCCAGAUCCUCAGCAACAAGGAUGCAGAAAAGUUCCGGAACCCCAAGGCAUCCCUGCGUGUGCGGCUGUGUGACCUCUUGGGCCAUCUACAACGUAGCAACGAGAGGGAUUGCCAGGAGUUCUACCGAGCUCUAUACUCCACGCCCAGCCCCUGCACCGCUGCCUGCCCAGCGACGCACCUUGCGACCAUGGCCUUUCUGGCCUGUCUCGGCCUGGCUGCGGGGCUGGCACUCCCUCAUCUAUGCUGCCCUUCAGACUCCAAGGUGCUGCCAAAGGCCCGGCGUGUCCUGGGCUUCUCCCCCAUCAUUGUGGACAGGCACGUCAGCCGCUUUCUGCUGGCCUUCCUGACAGAUAACCUGGGGGGCCUUUGAUGGACCAGGCCCCUGCUGGCCAUCUCACACCAAGAGCCCCAACGUUCCACCCACCCAGGGUCCUACUGCUUUUUCUAAAAUGCUUAUAUUUCACUUUACAAUUAUUGUUCUCACUUUACAAUUACUGUAAGAAGCACUUCACCUACUCCUUACAAUGGUGGUCAGUGAUAUUAAAGUGGGAAUCUUCUUCUUUCUGUCAGGAGUGUUUUCUGGAUAAUUCUAAUUUGAGACUGCAUAUGCCCCUAGCAGAGGCUGACCCUGAGGGCUCUCGGAGUUCCUUAAUAGCCUGGCACCAGGUCAUGUUCAGGCCACACUCCCAGUCACUGUGGGACUGGGCCCCACCCUUCUUCUACCUGCUCUAGCCCCUGUACCCAGAUAUCCUCCCACCCCACUGUUCCC